AUGGCAGACAUAGAGUCCAUGUUUUACCAGGUGAAGGUGCCAGUGACUCAACAUGACAGCCUAAGAUUUUUGUGGUGGCCCAACGGUGAUCUCAACGCUGACUUACAGGAAUAUAGAAUGGGUGUACAUAUCUUUGGAGCAGUCUCCUCUCCCAGCAUAUCCAACUUUGCAUUGAAAGCCACAGCCAACAGGGCAGAAGAAAGGUUUGGCAGUCUCGUAGCUGAUGUAAUCAGAAAGAACUUUUACGUUGAUGACUGUUUAAAAUCUGUAGAAGAUGACAAGACAGCUAUAAAGCUAAUCUAUGACGUGAGAGCCGCAUGCGCAGAUGGGGGUUUCAAAUUAACCAAGUUCACUUCAAAUAGCAGAAACGUUUUGAAGUCAAUCCCAGUUGGUGAUCAUUCCAAAGAGAUUCAAACCCGUGACCUGGAUUAUGAUGAACUGCCAAUUGAACGUGCUCUUGGGAUGAAAUGGUAUGUAAAUACAGACACAUUUGGAUUUUCCACCGACUUCAUUGAGAAACCAGUCACACGUCGUGGUCUACUAUCCACGGUUUCAUCUCUGUAUGAUCCCCUCGGUAUCGUUACACCUAUCAUUCUUCCCGCUAAGCGGAUACUUCAAGAAUUGUGUGCCAACAAUGAUCUGGACUGGGAUGAUGAUAUACCAGGAAAGUAUGAAGUCUCAUGGAAAAAGUGGUUGAAGGAGCUCAAGCUACUUGAAACUCUGAAGAUUGAACGAUGCCUGAAGCCUGCUGAGUUCGGUAUUCCACGUCUCGAGUUGACGGCCGCUACAGUCGCAGUUCAAAUAGCUCAACUUAUGCUGAAAGAACUUGAUACAGAUAUUGAUAGCGUGACCUACUUCACAGACUCAACGACUGUCCUCCAUUAUAUCAACAGUGAGAAGAAGAGAUACCCAGUAUUUGUUGCUAAUCGUGUGAGAUUGAUAAGGGACUACUCUGGGCCAAAAGAUUGGAAGUAUGUAGAAUCUGAUGAGAACCCAGCGGAUAUAGCAUCCAGAGGAGCUAGCACAGCACAACUACUGGCGCAAUCAGACUGGUUUGAAGGACCACAAUUCCUCUGGAGAUCUGAAUCAGAAUGGAAUCUGAAGCAACCCGGACCGGCAGAAUCUGUUGUAGAGGAAACAGUUGCAACUACGUGUGUAUCACCAACCAAGAUGCAAUUUGAGAAACUUGAAUGUGCAGAGAAUAUCAUCAUGAAGUUUGUGCAGUCCAAGAGUUUCGACAAGGAAAUCCAUGUACUUACAGCAGUUGAACGAGGCCGAGUACCGAAGCACAGCUCGGUCUACAAGCUGGAUCCAUUCAUCAACAAUGGAAUUCUCAAAGUAGGUGGCAGACUCAGCAAGUCUCAGAUCCCAGAUGAAAUGAAGCACCAGAUUCUUCUACCCAGCAAACAUCAUGUCACAAGCCUGAUCAUACAAGACAUACACAAGAAGCUUGGCCAUGUGGGACGAAAUCAUGUACUUUCGAAGCUACGAGAAAAGUAUUGGGUCAUCAGAGCGAACGCAACCGUGAGAAACAUACUGUCCCAUUGUGUCACCUGUCGAAGACUGAAAAUGCCUCCAUGUGAACAGAAGAUGUCCGACCUACCAUUCAGCAGAGUGAAUCCAGCGCCGCCAUUUACAUACUCAGGUGUAGAUUUCUUUGGCCCGCAUACCAUCAAAGAAGGUAGGAAACAGAUGAAACGCUAUGGAGCACUGUUCACAUGUUUAGCGAGUAGAGCCAUACACAUCGAAACGGCCAACUCUUUGGACACAGACUCAUUCAUACAUGCCUUGCGUCGCUUUAUAGCACGACGUGGACCUGUCAAAGAAAUAUGGUGUGACAAUGGCACCAACUUCAUUGGAGCUGCCAGAGAAUUGAAAGAAGCACUAGCAGAACUUGAUCAAAACAGCAUCCACUCUCACCUACUGCAAGCCAACAUCGACUGGAAGUUUAACCCGCCAUCAGCCAGUCACAUGGGUGGGGUAUGGGAACGCAUGAUAGGUUCUGUACGAAGAUUCUAUCUCCCAUGCUGUAUGAGUUCGGGGACCGUUUGGAUGACGAAGCAUACCGUACCCUGCUAUGCGAAGUAG